AUGUCAUCCUCCACCACCUCCGCCGCCGUUCCCCUCCUGAAACCACCCGUCCCAGGGAAUCGCAACAAGAACACCAACCCCACCAACAGCAACGGAUCUCGUCCCCCCAAACUCACCUUGGGCAUCCCACCGUCCCCCAAUGCUCGCCCCGUUGCUGGAAAUGGCAUCUCGGCGCCCAUUCCAGUGCAAGCGCCAGCUCCCGCCCCUGAUGGCCCUCAGCUGCAGCGUCCGUCAAACCGCCCGGCUCUCCCUCAACUACGCCUCGCGACCCCCAUGGGCAGCAAUAAAGAGGUCCCGCAGUCGAAUGGUCGGCCAGUCCCUCCCCCGCUUGCCACGAACGGUUUGAACGAUCUCAACGGGCAUUCGAGAUCGGGGAGUUUCACCUAUCUGGAUGGAAAGGCAAGUGGUCCCGCGUCGGCGUCAUCCUCAAAUUACUCGACCCUGUCGUUCCCCAUGGGCCUUCGACAGCCGCAUGGGAGCACCCCCGAUCCCUCGUCCGCCAUCAGUUCCGUCUACUCCGACCGUGAGGGUGCAGUGCCUAUGGAGCGAGAUAACAGCGUCAACAGCCUGAUCCCGGAUCUGGGCAAAUUGAGUUUGGAAAAGGGCAGGCCCCUGGAACCCGACGAUCUGGACGACGAAGGCUGGUUGGCCGCCAGUGAACAGAAGAAGAUCGUGGAGUUGGGCAGUCUAGGUGAGGGUGCAGGCGGAGCGGUUACUCGGUGCAAGCUGAAGGGCGGGAAGACGGUCUUCGCUCUGAAGAUUAUCACGACGGAUCCCAACCCCGAUGUGAAGAAGCAGAUUGUUCGCGAGCUCAACUUCAACAAGGACUGCGCAUCGGAUCAUAUUUGCCGUUACUAUGGCGCUUUCAUGGACAAGUCGACGGGGACGAUCUCGAUUGCAAUGGAAUUUUGCGAAGGGGGCAGUCUGGACAGCAUCUACAAAGAGGUCAAGAAGCUAGGGGGCCGGACCGGGGAAAAGGUGUUGGGUAAAGUGGCCGAAGGAGUGCUGAACGGGUUGACAUAUCUCCACAGCAGGAAAAUCAUCCACCGAGACAUCAAGCCGUCGAAUAUUCUCUUAUGCCGCGAUGGACAAGUGAAACUCUGUGAUUUCGGAGUCAGUGGAGAGUUCGGCACCAAGGGUGAUGCCAAUACAUUCAUUGGCACUUCAUACUACAUGGCUCCGGAGCGUAUCACUGGUCAAUCAUACACCAUCACGUCGGAUGUGUGGUCCCUGGGGGUGACUCUGCUUGAGGUGGCACAGCAUCGUUUCCCUUUCCCUGCCGACGGAACUGAAAUGCAACCCCGCGCCGGACUGAUCGAUCUCCUGACCUACAUUGUUCGUCAGCCAAUUCCCAAGCUGAAAGAUGAGUCCGAGAGUGGAAUUCGCUGGUCCGAUAAUUUCAAAUAUUUUAUUGAAUGCUGUCUUGAGAAAGAGCCUCCACGAAGGGCGACUCCAUGGCGGAUGCUGGAACAUCCUUGGGUGCUGGACAUGAAAAACAAAAAAGUCAACAUGGCAAACUUCGUGAAGCAAGUGUGGGGCUGGAACGAGUAG